AUGAAGCUCACCGUUAAGACUUUGAAAGGAAGCCAUUUCGAAAUCAGGGUUCAGCCUUCUGAUUCUAUAAUGGCUGUAAAAAAGAAUAUUGAAGACAUCCAAGGCAAAGAUAAUUACCCUUGCGGACAGCAAUUGCUGAUUCAUAAUGGAAAGGUUUUGAAAGAUGAAACUACAUUAGCCGAGAAUAAGGUUUCGGAAGACGGCUUUCUUGUUGUCAUGCUUAGUAAGAGCAAAACCUCGGGCCCUGCAGGAACUUCAUCUACUCAGAAUGCUAGCAAUCCACCCAUAGCUGUGCCAACACCAGAUUCCACACCUGUAGUACAAACACAAUCUGUAAACAACAAUACAUCCGCAGAGGAUGUCCCAAUUACAAAUGUUACUACAGAUACUUAUGGUCAAGCUGCCUCAAAUUUAGUUGCUGGGAGUAAUCUUGAGCAGACUAUUCAACAACUUGUGGACAUGGGUGGAGGCAGCUGGGAUAGAGAUACUGUUAAUCGUGCUCUUCGUGCAGCUUUCAAUAACCCUGAACGUGCUGUAGAUUAUUUGUAUUCUGGGAUUCCUGAAACAGCAGAAGUUGCUGUACCGGCUCCUCAUUACCCAAAUAAUCAAACUGAAACUGGUGGUGUCACUACUGGAGUUAUUCCUGGGGCCCCUAACUCGGCCCCCUUGAAUAUGUUUCCGCAGGAGACAAUUUCUGGUGCUGGCGCUGGAGCUGGAUCGCUCGACUUCUUGAGGAAUAAUCCCCAGUUUCAAGCAUUACGGACAAUGGUGCAAUCCAAUCCACAAAUUCUCCAGCCUGUACUUCAGGAGCUCGGAAAGCAAAAUCCCAGUCUAUUGAGACUUAUUGAUGAGCACCACGCCGAGUUUCUCCAGUUAAUAAAUGAACCCAUGGAUGGUUCUGAAGGAGAUAAUUUUGAUCAGCCGGAACAAGACAUGCCUCAUGCUAUCAAUGUGACGCCAGCUGAGCAGGAGGCAAUCGGAAGGCUAGAGGCUAUGGGAUUUGAUAGAGCCUUAGUUAUAGAGGCAUUUUUGGCAUGUGACCGCAAUGAGCAAUUGGCGGCCAAUUACUUACUGGAAAAUGCUGCAGAUUUUGAGGAUUAA